GCUGUUGUCGUUGCUGUUGUCGUUGCUGUUGUCGUUGCUGUUGUCGUUGCUGUUGUCGUUGCUGUUGUCGUUGCUGUUGUCGUUGCUGUUGUCGUUGCUGUUGUCGUUGCUGUUGUCGUUGCUGUUGUCGUUGCUGUUGUCGUUGCUGUUGUCGUUGCUGUUGUCGUUGCUGUUGUCGUUGCUGUUGUCGUUGCUGUUGUCGUUGCUGUUGUCGUUGCUGUUGUCGUUGCUGUUGUCGUUGCUGUUGUCGUUGCUGUUGUCGUUGCUGUUGUCGUUGCUGUUGUCGUUGCUGUUGUCGUUGCUGUUGUCGUUGCUGUUGUCGUUGCUGUUGUCGUUGCUGUUGUCGUUGCUGUUGUCGUUGCUGUUGUCGUUGCUGUUGUCGUUGCUGUUGUCGUUGCUGUUGUCGUUGCUGUUGUCGUUGCUGUUGUCGUUGCUGUUGUCGUUGCUGUUGUCGUUGCUGUUGUCGUUGCUGUUGUCGUUGCUGUUGUCGUUGCUGUUGUCGUUGCUGUUGUCGUUGCUGUUGUCGUUGCUGUUGUCGUUGCUGUUGUCGUUGCUGUUGUCGUUGCUGUUGUCGUUGCUGUUGUCGUUGCUGUUGUCGUUGCUGUUGUCGUUGCUGUUGUCGUUGCUGUUGUCGUUGCUGUUGUCGUUGCUGUUGUCGUUGCUGUUGUCGUUGCUGUUGUCGUUGCUGUUGUCGUUGCUGUUGUCGUUGCUGUUGUCGUUGCUGUUGUCGUUGCUGUUGUCGUUGCUGUUGUCGUUGCUGUUGUCGUUGCUGUUGUCGUUGCUGUUGUCGUUGCUGUUGUCGUUGCUGUUGUCGUUGCUGUUGUCGUUGCUGUUGUCGUUGCUGUUGUCGUUGCUGUUGUCGUUGCUGUUGUCGUUGCUGUUGUCGUUGCUGUUGUCGUUGCUGUUGUCGUUGCUGUUGUCGUUGCUGUUGUCGUUGCUGUUGUCGUUGCUGUUGUCGUUGCUGUUGUCGUUGCUGUUGUCGUUGCUGUUGUCGUUGCUGUUGUCGUUGCUGUUGUCGUUGCUGUUGUCGUUGCUGUUGUCGUUGCUGUUGUCGUUGCUGUUGUCGUUGCUGUUGUCGUUGCUGUUGUCGUUGCUGUUGUCGUUGCUGUUGUCGUUGCUGUUGUCGUUGCUGUUGUCGUUGCUGUUGUCGUUGCUGUUGUCGUUGCUGUUGUCGUUGCUGUUGUCGUUGCUGUUGUCGUUGCUGUUGUCGUUGCUGUUGUCGUUGCUGUUGUCGUUGCUGUUGUCGUUGCUGUUGUCGUUGCUGUUGUCGUUGCUGUUGUCGUUGCUGUUGUCGUUGCUGUUGUCGUUGCUGUUGUCGUUGCUGUUGUCGUUGCUGUUGUCGUUGCUGUUGUCGUUGCUGUUGUCGUUGCUGUUGUCGUUGCUGUUGUCGUUGCUGUUGUCGUUGCUGUUGUCGUUGCUGUUGUCGUUGCUGUUGUCGUUGCUGUUGUCGUUGCUGUUGUCGUUGCUGUUGUCGUUGCUGUUGUCGUUGCUGUUGUCGUUGCUGUUGUCGUUGCUGUUGUCGUUGCUGUUGUCGUUGCUGUUGUCGUUGCUGUUGUCGUUGCUGUUGUCGUUGCUGUUGUCGUUGCUGUUGUCGUUGCUGUUGUCGUUGCUGUUGUCGUUGCUGUUGUCGUUGCUGUUGUCGUUGCUGUUGUCGUUGCUGUUGUCGUUGCUGUUGUCGUUGCUGUUGUCGUUGCUGUUGUCGUUGCUGUUGUCGUUGCUGUUGUCGUUGCUGUUGUCGUUGCUGUUGUCGUUGCUGUUGUCGUUGCUGUUGUCGUUGCUGUUGUCGUUGCUGUUGUCGUUGCUGUUGUCGUUGCUGUUGUCGUUGCUGUUGUCGUUGCUGUUGUCGUUGCUGUUGUCGUUGCUGUUGUCGUUGCUGUUGUCGUUGCUGUUGUCGUUGCUGUUGUCGUUGCUGUUGUCGUUGCUGUUGUCGUUGCUGUUGUCGUUGCUGUUGUCGUUGCUGUUGUCGUUGCUGUUGUCGUUGCUGUUGUCGUUGCUGUUGUCGUUGCUGUUGUCGUUGCUGUUGUCGUUGCUGUUGUCGUUGCUGUUGUCGUUGCUGUUGUCGUUGCUGUUGUCGUUGCUGUUGUCGUUGCUGUUGUCGUUGCUGUUGUCGUUGCUGUUGUCGUUGCUGUUGUCGUUGCUGUUGUCGUUGCUGUUGUCGUUGCUGUUGUCGUUGCUGUUGUCGUUGCUGUUGUCGUUGCUGUUGUCGUUGCUGUUGUCGUUGCUGUUGUCGUUGCUGUUGUCGUUGCUGUUGUCGUUGCUGUUGUCGUUGCUGUUGUCGUUGCUGUUGUCGUUGCUGUUGUCGUUGCUGUUGUCGUUGCUGUUGUCGUUGCUGUUGUCGUUGCUGUUGUCGUUGCUGUUGUCGUUGCUGUUGUCGUUGCUGUUGUCGUUGCUGUUGUCGUUGCUGUUGUCGUUGCUGUUGUCGUUGCUGUUGUCGUUGCUGUUGUCGUUGCUGUUGUCGUUGCUGUUGUCGUUGCUGUUGUCGUUGCUGUUGUCGUUGCUG